AUGCCCCCCAACCCAACCGAAGAAGACAUCACCGCCCUCUACCGCUCCAUCGCCGACCUCUCAAACUACUGGCUCUCCCUGCGCCUGCAGUCCCCCGAAGCCGUCGAACACUUCCGCCCCCAAUACCCAGCCCAGGACAUGCUAGCCCAACUCCACCAUCUCCUCGCCGAAAUGACGUUGCUCCUGAACAAGCACCUGCAAUGGCCAGCUCAAGACGUCUACCGCAAAGCUGAACCGCUUUGCAGAGAAGCUGAGCGAUGUGCGAGGGGGCUUGAAGCGGCGGUGGAGGAGCAUAAGACUGUUAAGGCUUUGGGGAGGCUUGAUGAGCGGACACGCGCGCUGGCGGGGGCGCUGCAUCGGUGCGAAGAUGUGAGGGAGCGGUUGGGUGAGGUGUUUGAGUCGCUGGAGCUGGGGUUCACUCGGUAUGCGCCAUUCGUGAGUGCGGAGGCACGAUCGAGGUGUAGGAUGGAGUUUCAAGGGCCAGGGUAUACGCUCACGCCUUUCGAGGUAAAGCAGGAGAGGUUGAGGGAUAUCGCUAUGUGUGCAUUCGGAGCUGUACAAGGACAAGACAUGGGAUUGGCCGCCCAUGCGCUGGCUGAAGGCGAGAAGGCUGCUGACGAGCUCUGGGAGUACACUGAUCGGCUGGCCACUGCGGUCCAGGAGCUUGUAGAUGUCCAACGUCGUGCUGCUCGAGGGCCGUCAAAGGUGUCCGCCAUCGCUUCAAACUUUGACGACGGAUUAUGUCUGCCAAAGCUUUAUUCCCCUCCCCCGAUCCUGGAGAGGCGAUUCAUAGCCGGCUGGCGGUCCCCCAUCACACAGACGCCCACGCCCCUCGCGAAGAUGUUCACCGCCGCCGCAAAAGACCACUGGAUCACCAAGCCGCCACUUCUCCCCGGUCUAACCUCCCUGUCAACAACCAGCAAAGCCUCGAAGGUACCCUCGAAGCACUGGCCGACCAUGAGAGAGCGCCCGCAACCUCGCCCUCGUUCCUCACCGCAGCGGUAUUCGAACUUUCAUCCUCAGGCUGAGGCGGCGGGAGCAUACCCAACACCCUCCAAAUCUCCAGCACUGCAUCGUCCGCGCCCUUGGCCCUUUCCCCACAGCUUAAGACCACAAACCGGACUGUGGCGAGGCGAGCUGUGCCGAAGAACGCGCACCCCUACAUCCCUGCCCGCUGGAGGGGAGCCUCCGGCGUCGGUGCGAUCGGUGAUGGGAGGCCUGGGGUAA